AUGCCUUCAGCCUCCCAACCUUCCACCAUAGCCUAUAGCAACCCGAGGCGUACAUCGCCUGAGAAUUCUAUAACUCUGCGCCAUCAUCGCUUGGCCCGAGAGGCUUCGAAGCGGAACGCGUCGAUGCGUAGUAUGCCAAUGAAGAUUCCCAAGCCUUCGAUCACGAAUUCACCUCGACGUAACUCUUCAGACGAGAGCAAUGAUACCAGAGUCAGCGACCCGAGGCGAUGGUUCGACAACUCGAAUCGGAAUGUGUAUUCAACCAUGGACUCAUCUAUGGAUGUUGACCCGCCCUACUUUCAGAAACAGUCGGAAUCUUCUACGUACAGAUACGUUCAAAGCAAUCAGCAAACAGCAUUGCCACAUGUGGUCACGGACAGUAGUGUCGCCGAGGAUUACCGGGGUGUAAUCGACGACCUCACCAUCGAGAAUCAGCGCUUGAAGGAGGAGCUGAAGAGGUAUAGGCAAAUGGGACCUGACGCUCUCCGGCGAGACAAGCUAUUCGAAGUCAAGGUCCAUGGGUUACCGAGCCGCAAGAAGCGACAGCUGGAAAACGCUCUUCGUGACUUCACAGCAAGUUUGGAGGGUUCUAGUGCUAGGACUUCUCCAGCUCGGAAGAAGGACAAACUCAAGAGUGUCAAAGGCCUUGACUCGACAUCGAAGCACGCUUCGUCAUCGUCGGGAUCCAACAACAGAGCAAACCAAGCUGACUCGGCGUAUGCGUCCAUGUCCACAGGCGCAGGGUCAUUGGACCCUACAUUGCCGACCAAGCUCUCAAGAACAAGAUCUGCCAACAACAACACGGUUGAACGCUAUUUGCAAGACAUUCCGGAAGGGCUUCUAUCGAGAUCAACUGCUUUGACGGAGAAGGACAAGAAGAAGUUGGUCGUGCGUCGCCUCGAGCAGAUCUUUACCGGGAAUGGCUUAGGGCACACCAAGCACACUUCGUUUCCACUAGCGCCUGCGAUCAAUGAAGAGGCUGUUGGAAUGUCAGGCACUUCUAACGACAAGUUGCCCCUACCAAUGACAGCAGCAGCCAACGCUAGCCGAGAAGCUCACAUCUUGCCGCAGCCCAAUAAGAAACAGAGCCAUUCCCGCGAUAACGUGUCGCCUUCCCAUUCCAACGAGGAUGUGGCAAUCUCGAGAAAUGCUACCGGCAGUGGCAGUGGAAGCAACCACAAGGAAUUCGACACCACUGCCAGUGAUUCCAAGGUACCGGAACAACGGGCGACACGGCCCAACGAUCUGGAUCCCGAUCGACCUUCAAUCCCAUCUGAGAACAUGGACUACAUCCGACAUUUGGGUCUUGUCGCUCCUGAGGAAAGGCAGUAUUCGGCCAGCGAUGUUGCUCCAGAUGCCGAGGGUUGGGUAUAUCUCAACCUGCUCUGUAGUAUGGCACAGCUUCAUAUGUUGAAUGUAACCCCGGCGUUCAUUCGUUCCGCCGUCAAUGAGAGGAGUAGAUUGUUUCAGUUGUCACCAGACGGACGCAGCAUUCGCUGGAGGGGCGGCGGCGACGGCACCAGGUUUAGCAGCGACGACAGUGGACAUAGUUCGAAGCAUGGUAACUCCAGCCCAGAGUCCGAUGGUACCAAUGAAGAAGAUCAGCGGAAGAGAUUGAAGGUACAGCCGUCCGGAAAUAAUGCCACAGUAUCGGAACCAUCGAAACUCGUCCCACAAGUUUCAAGCUCUUCUGACGAAUUCCACUACAAGCCCAUGUUUGCCCGUCAUUUGACAUCAUCUUCUGAUGAGCAACCAUCUUUGGGUGACGAGACGGCAUCUUCCAUCGGCCUAGCCGAUGACAGCAACCUCGGUAUGGCUUCUCGUUGGAAUUACAGUGGUAUUUCCGGCAUGUCGCAACGAAAAAGACGUCGCGACGGUGCAAUCAUUUAUUACACAGGUGCCCCGUUCUGCACUGAUCUGUCUGGAGAUUAUGGAGUGGCCUCCAACGGCACCAGCGAUGAAGGUUCGCCGGACCAAAGCGUGCCAGAGAUGGGCCGCAGCGGCUCCCAUUCGUCCAUUCCAUUCAAGCCAUUGAGUGAGUACGACUCUCACCGUGUUAUGAUGGACCUCGACUUCACUUCACACGAUGCCGCAUCAGACGAAACCGGUGACACCGAUGAGAUUCAAGCUGACUUCCCAUGGUCUGACUUGAAGCAGUCAGCAAGGCUGAUGAACCUAGAGGCUAGCGGCCUCGGAGGGGUGACUCCAGAUGAUCACUUCGUCAUCGCCGUGUCUACCCGCCGCCCCAAGUUCACAGAAGAGGCGCAUCAACCCAGGCGGCGACCAACCUUGGCAAAAAGUGAACCCCUUGAGGCUGCUAUCUCUAAAAACACGGCAGACUCCAUCGUAGCCCGUCUUGCAAUCAUGUCCACAGGAUCGCCGAUCCCACUCAUAUCGCCAGUGAUGCAACUCGAAAACAAAAUCGACAUCCAGUAUCUCGGGGGUGUAAUUCACCGACUCCCGGCGGUACCGCUGCCACCACCUGCUUUCUACUUUGGGUCUGCAUCUAGUUCUUUCGACAGUGUAUCAUCGGACUUUGAUGAGUCUGCCGAUGAUGUGAUCGGCCGGAGAUUACUCUUGCAAACCGGGGAAGAUGGUUACUUAGCCAAUGAGGAGCUGUCAUCCGAUGACGAAGAAGAUGAACAUUCUGACGAUGAAGGCGAGCUUGGUGUGAGUGGCAGUACCUCGCCAAAUAAUGUUGGCGAAAUACCAGGCUUUGCGUCGCAGGGCUUAGGUCGACGAUCAAGCGUUAUGGUGUCGGACAUGUCCAAAGUCACGACUGGCAGCUCGGUUGCCACUGCUGGUGGGGCAAUGAGUGAUCACAGCAGCAUGGGAGACCUGUGA